UGAACAUGAAACCAAGAAAAGCCAAGAGUGUCUUCAUACAGGGAGCUGAAGCGGUGAGGUAAACAGCAGACGUUGGGAUUUGCAGGCCUAAAACACGUACCACAAUGGCAACCACUCCUGUGGAACCCCAGUUGCUCUCAAUUGCUCGAAAAGAUGCCCAGAAAGUACUGGAAGUCUACGUCAAACGUAGCCUAAGCAUGAACGAUGGCACUCGAGAAACUGUGAGGUCACUGAGCAGAAGAUGUUCUAAGAAUGAAACUGUUGAAAAGAAAACGGUGAAGAGAUCAGUCAGUGAUACCACUGAGCAUCUGAGACCUGUGCUUGAGGAGAAACACCACUUGUCCACCGAUUCUGUGCACUCUGUCAGCACUGCUGAGGCCGAGACCAAAGCAGAGAAUUCAGCCGACUUUGAACAAAUGCAUAAAAAAUCCACAAAAAAGGGCAAAAAAACAUCUUCCCUUUUUAAGAACUUCAUUAGCUUAUUCUGGAGGAAGGGGGGUGAUGAGAAGGAAUCGGAAGUGGAAGAAAAGCCCGUCUCUGCUCCCCUGAACACUCCACAGUCUCCAUCUGGCUGCCUCCCCGUUUCACGGCAGCUCUCUGAAGAAUAUUACCAGGUCUCGAAACCUCAAGUGGCAAAGCCUGAAAGAAAGAGAAGCCUCAAAAAGACAUUUUCCUUUAAGGAUAAGAGGCAAGAUGGGAACAAGGCUCAGGUUAAGGAUAAAAAGCACGAUGAAAACAAGGCCAAGCCUAUUAAAAGGCCAUCCUUCCUUGCUUUGCGCAGCACACCUGUCAAACAGCCAGUUCGGAAUGUGCUACCAGGAGAGUCUUACUACGAGAAGCUAUCAGAGGAGAUGGCGAGAAUUGUCAAAGCUCGGGAAUCGAUUAAUGUUCAGUCAGACGAUGUGUUUGAAGCUAACGGUUUUACAGCCAUCGAUAUCGAGACUGACGGAAAACCAGCCCAUUCCGAUGCCUUUCUGAUUGACCAGAUUGUAUUGCUGCUGCAAAGAGAAGGAGAUCUAAUUGAUAACAAGCUCAAGGAGAAUGUCGCACUCAGCACUUUUUUCAAAAGCCUGGACUACAGCUCUUUCCAGCAGCUGGCAGAUCGUUAUGUUGAGACUGAGAUCAGGAAUCAGGAACCCCAAGGAAAAAUCCCAGAGCUAGUCAAGUUUGCUUUCACUUUGGACCUUACUGCCAAGGUGGCUGGUAUCUGUAACCAUACAGUCAAUCGCAUUAUGGGCUUUGGGAAUCAGUAUCUUCAAGACCGUUUCACACAGUAUGCCAACAGUCAGCCAAUGGAUGUUAAUUUCACACCAGCAGAAAGUUUUCCCAGCCCCGACUGAACCAGGCCUUCCGUUUUUCCACUGAAUGUCUUAUUCAAACUGCUGCUUGACAGGAAUCUCAGGAAACCAGAAUUAUUCUUGCUGAGAACUCUUCUUUUAUUAAAAAUGGAGAAUUUUAGAUUUUUUUUUAAAAAAUUGUGACAGUUCAACUGGAAUAUUGAUUUCUGACAAAGCAGGUAUUAUCUUUUGAGCUUUGAUGCCAAAAGCAUUUAUUAGACAAAACAUGUCUGAAGAGCAACAAAAGAUGAGGAUGGAACAAACUAUAAGCAAUGCCUCUGAUAGAAGAAUGGAUAUUUUCUGUGUGUGAAUCACGGCAUCCACAUACUACUACUGUACAUAUCCACAAACCUGAGAGGUGAAUUAGGAGGUGAUUGUAUUUGCGCAGAAGUUGUUCAAGGUCUUAAUUAUGUGUGCAUAGUACAGUGAGGUUCUUAUUUAUAUCUUUUGCACAGAGUAGCCACUAUAAUAAGAACACACACAAUGCAUACAACAGUGUACAUUAAAUAUGUCCGAUAACAGAGCAAGUAACCCUGAAUAGGUUAAUUUGUGCAAAGGUCCUUUUUGGUAAACAGGACAUGUUUUGGGAGGUCUGAGGCAUUUAGGACCACUGUAGUCAGUACACGAGUUCCUCCAUUAUCUACAACAGAUUUUGUUUUAGUUUUUAGAGUCUUGUAAUGUCCUGAAGCACCAAAACAAUUUUUUACUGCAUCUGAUUUGAAUAUGUCCAGUGAGAACAAAGGAUGUGUCUUUGAGAUGCAUGACAGUGCAGUUCAGAUAAAUAAUGCAAAAUGUAUUGAUAAAGUUAGCUGAUAAGGCUUUUGUUUUGUUAACAACAAAGAAUCUUUUCUGUGCAACUUCAAGCUCAUAUCUUACAAUGUCUGUCUCUCAAAGAAAAUGCAUCCUUUAGUUUUUUUUCUGUGCAGUAUUGUAUUUACAUUAAUACAGGAUUUUUUGGCAUUUUUUAACUAAUCACUUGUUUAUUGCUUAUUAUUCGGCUGAUGACUCUAUCCAAGACAACUUAUUACAUUUCUUUUGUUUUUCUAAAUGGAGCCAAGGCAAGUGAAGUGACUUGCUCAUGGUCACACAGUGUCAGCAGUAGGGUUUGAACCCAAAAGUCUUAUCCACUACACCACAGUUCCUGCUUAGUCCAUCCAUAUAGACAGGCAGUAUGGCAUCAUGGUUUAGGCUUUGGGCUUCAAGCCCUGAGGUUGUGCAUUCAAAUUCUGCUGCUGACAGGGUGUGAUCCUGAGCAUGUCACUUCACCUGGUGUACCAAUUGGAAAAAACAAAACAAGACAUGCAACCAAUAUCUUAAAUAGUCCCAGUCACUUUCAGUAAUGCCCACUAAAGGGGACUAUCCCCAUUAAACACCAGCUAGUAAUGAGGGGGGAAAAACAAAUCUUAUAAUAUUUUUUUCCACAAAGUGCUCUGUUAUACUGUAAAGCUCUAAAGAGCAGAAACGGCAGAGAGGAAUUGUCAGCAAAGGCAAUCCAAAGUGAACAAAGUUCCAACACAGAAUCAAAA